GUUGAAUUCAUUGUACAUUCUGCUUGUGCCACGUUACACUACCAGUUCCUCUCUCGCUUAUCUUCAUUACGCGCUAACAAUGUCAAAAGCAGCGAAAAAGAAAUCAAGCAAGAAGAAGUCCGGUUCAGAGGCAGCUCAGUUCGAUCAAAAGACAAUCCAGGAAUUCAAAGAGGCAUUUGGUAUUAUGGACCAAAACAAGGAUGGCAUAAUUGACAAGCAAGACCUAAAAGAUCUCUAUGCGAUGAUGGGACAAAUUGCAUCAGAUGCUCAAAUUGAUGCUAUGAUCAAGGAAGCUCCUGGGCCCAUUAAUUUCACUGUUUUUUUAACAUUAUUUGGAGAAAAAUUAACAGGAACAGAUCCAGAAGCAACGAUAAUCGGUGCAUUCCAAAUGUUUGAUAAGAGAGAUUGCGGCAAAAUAUCAGAAGAGGAGCUACUGAAAAUUUUGCAAAACAAACGCGGGGAACCUUUCGAUGAUGAUGAAAUCAAGGCGAUGUAUAAGGGCAAGCCACCAAUUGAAAAUGGCCAAGUUGAUUACAAGGCAUUUGCUCAUUUGAUAACAACGGGAGCUGCUGAAGAACUUGCCAAAGCAUAACAACAGCAGCAACUGAUGUAUAUCACCAAAAUAAAGUUACGGGAGCGCCUUUUGUAUGACUUUUACUCUUAACUUAAAUAAAUUGAAAAAAGAUAUAAUUAAUCGCUCCACGAAACAUCAUUAAUUUCAUCACUGUUUAUUUACUUAUCAAAAUGUUCAUGUUUAAGUAAGGGCGCUAUUGCUGUCGGAUUGCACACUUACGUUCCAUUCCUUUCUUUUUCCAACUUCAUUCACAAUAUUUCCUUUCUUAUAACUUUUUUCGAUUUCCAUUAGAUAUUUUGUCCAUGCCC